UGAGUCUAUGUUUAGUGUGAGUUCAGACAAUUUGUUGGAGCCAUUUAAAUUUUCUUCUGCAGGAGAACAAAAUGUGGAACUAUGGCUCAACCAUUUCCAAGGAUCCUGCUGUUCUUGCUGAUCAGGACUCUCAUGUCGGUGACAGUGAUGAGAAGUUGGAGCGUGAACAGUGGACAAACAAGGCAGAGUACAUGCUCUCUAUGAUUGGUUAUGCCGUUGGCCUGGGAAAUAUCUGGAGAUUUCCAUAUCUAGCCUACAAGAAUGGAGGGGGUGCCUUUCUCAUUCCCUAUUUCUUGAUGUUGGUUUUCUGUGGAAUUCCCAUGUACUUCCUGGAAAACGCCAUCGGUCAGUUUUGCAGCCAAGGCCCAAUCAACAUGUGGAGAGCAGUGCCACUACUGCAGGGUGUUGGAUUUUCCAUGCUUAUGCUGAACGCGGUGGUGUCAGUUUACUAUAACGUCAUUGUCGCCUACAGUCUGUACUACAUGUUCGCCUCCUUCCAGUCGCCUCUACCGUGGUCCAGCUGCCUCAGUUGGGCAGACGGUAACUGCAGCAGCGUGCCUAAAGUGUAUUGUAAUGUAAGUGGUGUUGUAGUGGCCUGGACUCAGGGAAACAGCACGUGUCCUUCCUCCAACAUGAUCACAGUUCCAGUCCAGAGCCCGAGUGAGCAGUAUUGGAAUCGCGUGGCUCUGCAGAGAUCCAGUGGUCUAGAUGAAACAGGACCAGUAGUUUGGCACUUGGCCCUCUGCCUGCUGCUGAGCUCCAUGCUUGUUGCUGCAGCACUCAGCAAAGGCAUCAAGUCAUCAGGGAAAGUUGUGUAUUUCACAGCUACAUUUCCGUAUGUAGUGAUUCUGAUCCUGCUGAUCAGAGGUGUGACACUAGAGGGAGCUAGAGAUGGGAUUGAGUUCUUCAUUGGUUCCAAAUCCAAUUUGACUAAAUUGACUGAAGGACAGGUCUGGAAGGAUGCAGCAACUCAGACUUUUUUUUCUCUAUCCAUUGCUUCCGGUGGACUUUUGACUCUUGCUUCCUAUAGCAACUUCCACAGCAAUGUGUUCCUGGACUCAGUUAUUGUAACCACCAUCAACCAUGGUACCAGUGUGUUAGCAGGCUUGGCCAUCUUUUCAAUUCUGGGUCAUAUGGCUCACAUCUAUAGAAAGCCUAUUGCAUCAGUGGUGAAGGAAGGAUUUGGGCUGGCAUUCAUUGCAUAUCCAGAAGCUUUAGCUAAGCUUCCCAUUUCCACUUUCUGGUCCAUCCUGUUUUUUUUUAUGCUUACCAUAGUUGGCCUGGACUCUCAGUUUACACAAAUAGAGGUUAUCACCACCUGCCUGUAUGAUGCCUUCCCUGAAACCUUCAAAUCUAAACGGGCUUUAUUGACUAUAAUGACAUGUUCCAUCAUCUACUUCCUGGGCCUGCCGUGUGUCACAAGGGCAGGAAUAUACUGGGUAUCUUUAAUGGACCAGUUUGCUGCCGGCUGGGUGCUGCUUAUUUUGGCUCUCUUUGAGAUCACUGGCUUCUUCUACAUAUAUGGAGGGAACCGUUUUAUUAAAGACAUUGAGAUGAUGAUUGGAAAGAAGAGCUUUUGCUUCUGGCUGUGGUGGAGAUCAUGUUGGUUUUUCAUCUGCCCCGGCAUCACUGUAGUGACCCUGAUCUGGUCUCUGAUAACCUUUGUGCCCCCCACCUAUGGAAAGGUCCAGUACCCGGUAUGGGGCUUGGCUCUGGGCUGGUGCAUGGUUGCAUUCAUCCUCCUCUGGAUCCCUGUCGUCGCUGUGUAUAAGCUGAUGAGAGCAGAGGGAAGCGUCUGGAAGCGUCUGAAGUUGUUGUGUUCUCCCUCUGAACAAUGGCAUCCCUACCUGGACGUCCAUCGAGGAGAACGCUACUCAAAGACGAGUAUUGUCAAGAAAGAAUAGAAUAGCAAAUGUAAAUGCAACUUCAAGUUCAUGGCAUCAAUUUGAACACUAAUGUAUAUUGAUAUAUAUUGACUGUAGAUUAAUCAAAUAAGGUGAUCGUGACGCCCCUCCCACUGCCUUGGAGGCUGUCCUGGCCAACCUCAGCAGGCAAUUGGCUGAUAUGGCAGGGUCAUCAGCUGAUUAUGCUCACCUAAAUACUUGGGCUAUAAAAGCUGGCCCAUUUUUUCCUACAGCUGGCAUCCACUCUGCAUCUUUGUCGUUUGUCUUGUUUUAUGAUUUGUGUUAAUCUUAGUUUAAUAAAUUAACUUGUUUUA